AUGGGAGUGAUUAUUAGGGAACCCUCUAGCAUCCCACGAGCAGCCGUUGCCCCUGCUCUAGUAGGAAAGGGCAAGCAGAAGAUACCCUCAUCCACAUUAUUUGACUGUUCGCUUCUAUUCGACCUGUACAGUGAACCCGAACCUGCUGCUCCCUCGAGCAAGAAAAAGGGGAGCAAGCAGCAUCGUGGAGAGAGUAGCAACAACCCUCCACUGAAAAAGGUUCAAACUGCAGAUCCUCCCAUACCGGUUCCUUCCAAGGAGACAACGCCUCCCCCAACUUCUAUCGACCAAACAAUUCCACCAGCACCUGUUCACACGACUCCUCCACCUGCUGACCAGACGACUCCAUCAGCACCUGUCAACAUGCCUCCUCCUACCGACCAGAGACCUCCUGAUCAGACAGGAGAAGUGUUGACUAACAUUGGAGUUUUAACCAUGAGCGUCAGCCUGUGCUGUUUGGGAGCCCAGACUGCUCAGUAUGAGAAGAAGGUUGGUGAGCAACUUAAGGUGUCUAUGGAAAGACACGCUGAGGAGCUCAGGGCGGCUAAGGAAAAAUUUAACGAGCAACUUGAGGCAGCCAAGGUGAAAUACUCCGACCAGCUUGAGGCAGUCGAGAAGAAAAACGCUGAGCUACUCAAACAGAAGGCUAAGCUGGUCGAAGAGCUGAGACAGCACUAG